AUGCAGUUGUUUAUGACACAUAGCGGCGUGGCAAAUAGAGCGGAGGCGCGUUGGCUUUCCUGCCGGACAUCCUACCGAAGACCUUACUUUUGCACGGUGAUGGAUGAAAGUUCAAUCAAGCUGGAAUCAUUAGAUCGAAAUGGUUCUAGUGAAGUUCUUGAUACAUCUCAAAUCAUUGAUACUUCUCAAAGUAAUGGCAUGUUAUCCCAAAUUUCAACAUCUGGAGUUCAACUUGUGCCAAGCACUCAGGGGACACCAGUUUCUUUGCCGUGGGUUGUACCUCCGUAUCAAAUGAUGCUCCUACCACCUGGAGUGUCAUCUAACUUGUUCAACAAUGGUAAUGUGCUGACACUGCAGGAUGGCCAUGUUCUGGUUACUCCAUAUUCAGACUCAGGACAAAUAAAUGAAGCUACUGUUCAACUUCUCCAACAACAGCAGCAACAAAAUCAAGCCACAUCUCUAAUGACUCAGAAAUUAGAAUCAGAAUUAAUUCAUCAACAACAAUUAUCUGUUACUGAAUCUCAAGUUCAUAACACUCAACCACAAACACCUAAUCAAAAAACUGAAAAACCCAAACUACCAAAAAAGCCAUUAAACACUUAUAUGAUGUUCAGUAAAGCGAUUUGGCCUCAAGUGAAAGCAGCCAAUUCUCAUUUGAGUUCAGUGACAGAGAUUGGUGCCAUUGUGGGAGCAAUCUGGAGGGAGCUUGAUGC